UGACGCGGCGGGCGCCCAGUGAGGACUUUUGUCGGAUUUACUUAGCGUCUAACAUCGCGGAGAGCUCCUUGACACUGCCACAAGUGCGAGUGGUAAUCGACUCAGGACUGCAUCGUCAGAACGUCUAUAAUGCGGAGCGGCGAUCCAGCUCUCUCGAGACUUGUUGGGUGAGUCAGGCAAGCGUGAAGCAGCGCACUGGCCGCACGGG